CUUGAAUUCUCUUACUUUUAACACCUUUUGAAUAUGAAAUCAUUGACUCUCCUCGCUGUUGCUGCUGCUGUCACUUGUGCUUUUGCUGCUGAUGUACAUCAUGGUGGUAUUGAUCAUCUUAAUCACGAUCUUGUUGGACAUGACCAUGAUCGUGACCAUGAUAAAGAGCAUCGUCAUGGCUACCUUCCCCCUCAUUCAUCUCCUAUUGACGAUCAGCCUGAUGUUGAAAUUGUAGACAAGCCUCCUGUUGUUGUCUUUGAAACCACCACUCGUACCAAGCCUUGGGUUGUAGUCUCUGAUCAUCGUCCUACUGAUAAGCCUGAACCGGAAGAGUACAAUGACGACCCUGUAAAUCCAAAGCCUACAUAUGAUGAUGACGAUGUUGAAGAAGACGAUGAUGACAAAGGUAACUAUGGUGGACGUAGAAAUCAUGACAAGGGACAUGACAGAGAUCACCGUGAUGGCAAACACCACAAAGAUCAUGAUAUUUUUGGACACCAUGACAAGGACUACCGCCGCGCCCGUCAAAAGGCAUAUGCUCAAAAUGAUCUCCAUGCCAACUCUGUUGCCUCUGAAGCUGCUGAAGCCCCUGAAGUUGAACGUAUGGCAGCCGCUGCUGUCUCUGCUAGUGCUGUUACCUCUGCUGUUCGAUCUGCUAUUUCUUCCAGAAUAAGCAGCGCCACUGCUUCUAGCACUCAAGCCUCUGCAUCUUCUGGUAAUAGUUCCACUAGCGGUGCCACCAUUCCUCGUUCUGGAGGUGCAUUUGUUGCUGCUGCUGCUGGUAUUGCAGCUUGGUUUUUACUUUAAUUCCCUCUCUGUCUCUCUCUUUAUAAUUCACUAAACUAGAUUUGUAACUUAAAUCUAAUAGACUUUUCUCUUCAAAUAGUUUUUUUUUCUUUACUUUUCAAAGUAAAUUGUCAUUGAGAAAAAAGGAUUUUCCUUUAUCUAAAGUGCUCAAGAUGAGUUUCAGUUUUUUCUAAAGUACAUUUUCAAUGAUCCAUUUACAGCUAAAAUGUUCUACUUUCAAGUAUAAUUCAACUACUACCAACCACGCAUUCCCC